ACUGUUACCCUGAAACAACAAUCUAAAGGCGAAUUUUACUUGGCAUGCAGCUGUAUUUGCAUGUUAUGCCAAUGAAGAAGAGUCAAGGGAGACUGUGAGGAGGCUGGAGAUUUGCAAAGAAUGAUAGUGAGGAUCAAGGCGCGCUGUCCCAGGAGAACUCAUCUGAAGAGCUGGCCGCGAGAGACCGGGAUGCUCCUCUAACGCACCGGGGGGCGAGUUUUCCUGAGCAUACGUCUGUGUGGCGGAGUUUGAGCUUGAGUGGAAGUGAGUGAGUAAGCGAGAGGGAGUGGGUGUCAUGGAUGACAAUGGAGAUUCAAAUGCCGCGAACCCCACCUACCAAAACUUGCUGCUCCUGGGAGCCAUCGCCGCGGCUUCCGCUUUUGUGGUCACCAUCCUUAUUGUCCUUGUCUGCGUUGGCUGCCAAAGAAAAAGCAAGAGCAAUCACCCCCCAGCCGGAGAGAAAGGGACAUCUGUAAAUAUGCAGGGUUCCCUUCGGCACCCAAAACUGAACUCCAUGAGCAAAUCUGACACCAGGCUGCAUGAGAUCAAUCGCUUUCCCUGCAAUGGAAACUCUGUUAGCAAGAGCCGUCCAGCCAGUAUGGACCUCCUGCUCCUCCACAGUCGGCGCUCCCAGACAGACCUGAGGCCCUCCCAUGGGCGCCAGCUUCCCCAGAUCCCCACCAGUCCCCAGGGAUCUGUUCAGGGGGGAGGAGGGGAAACAGGAGGAGAUGGGGGAGGCAUACGGAACAACCCCACCCCCACCCACGCCCUGGAUGACGGCCUGUAUGAAAGCGUAGGUGUCCGGGAAGGUGACUCAGGCCCCAAAGUCCCAUCUGCCCCGCCGGCCACAUCAAACAACACUCCGGCUCCAAUCAGAGCUGCCCAAAGCCCCCCUGCUCAGGCCAACGGAGCGCGCAGUGGGAACGGGCACGUGAAUGGCGGCAGAGGGAACGGCAGAGGGAAUGGCGCCAUUAACGGGCCGAUGACAGGAAGAGCUAAUGGUGCGAGUGGGGUCAACAGAUCCCCUCUGUCUUCUGUCAACUCCCUCGCCAUCCAAGAUCCAACUGCAGCUGAGUAUGCUUCCAUACGGAAGUUCAGAAAGGUCGACAAGACAAACAGGAAGGAAAAUAACGGGGCCGACAGCCAUUCAGACCAAUCGAGUGUGAGUGAUUCUCCCUCUACAGCUCCUCCUCCACUACAUCGCAGUCAGGAGUUUCCGCGCAAAGGACUGGAGCCGUUUCAGCUGCACUCCUUCCCAAAGGAGGCAGUGUUCAUGGGCAACGGGGAGCAGUACAUCUGGAAGCCUCCAGAGGAAGAUGACAUCAUCACCUUGCACCCUCCUCCACUCCGCGCAGAGAGUGUACAGGGGCACCCUUUGCCCCCGACUGCAAAGGAGAUUGCAGACACCUACUCCAUUGUGUGUAAAACCCAGAAGAAGAAACCUCCCAUGGAAAACAACGGAUCAAAGACCCUCCCACGCUCCUUUGGUGGAGAGAGAGGUUCCAGGGGCCGAGGCCGAGGAGUUCAGGUCCAGGCGCGUUCCCAGGAGGAGCCCUGCUAUGAGCCAGUAGGAGACAGGUCCUGGCCCGCAUGUGCAAUGGCGGAGUCUGACCCUGCGUACGCUACUAUCGACACCCACCGGAAACGGGAGCAGGCGGGAACCAAUAACAACACAGUUGGGGGUUCUGCCACUCUGAAGAGGAAGAAGCAAACGCCGCAGCCGGCUGCACCAACGGCACCAGCUGUGCCAGCUCCACCAGCUCCACCAGCUGCACCAGCUGCACCAGCUGCACCAGCGGCACCAGUGGCACCAGCUGCACCAGUGGCACCAGCUGCACCUCAUGGCUCAGGACCCACCGCCCUGCCUGCUAGAGGCCUGCCUGGUGGGGAAAACUUCUAUGAGACCAUCAGCGAUGUGAAACAAGGGGGCAACAGCUCCAGCACCACCACCAUCUUCACCUUCAAUGAUGGGAUGGAGAUGUACGUCACCGGCCUGUAGCUGGCUGACAGUUAGAAAGGGCCCAGAACCCACCGGUACAGAGUCAUAAGAAGGACCCUCCUGUUAACCGGCCAACAAGUUGCUGUACAUACAUACAAGGCCCUCUAUAGACAAACAACAUGAGGAUCCAUUUUGUGAUGACAUCAGGUACAAACAGGGUCUUAAUCCAGGUUCAGACUUCCUUUGAUUGGUCUGUACUUCAGAACCAGCCUAAGCCUAGUCCAGCCCAAAUAUGGACCAAAUAUGUUUAAACAAAAAAAAAAAAAAAGAUGAAGAAAACUGGAAUCUUCAACCUACUGUGUCACU